AUUCUCUCUCCGUCGACUUGACUUGGCAAGUACUUCAGUCAUCAAUAAUAUCAGUAUGGAAGUUGAAAUCAGUGAUGCUUUGCGGUGGCCAUGGAGCUGCUCAGCUCUUUGAGGAAGGAGGACAUACUGGAGCUCUUCUCUCAUGGCUUCUGUUCCCACUGCGAGGAUAUUCUGCAUACUCGAAUUACAAACCUUCGUAAAAGAAAGUUGGAUGAAACUUCAUCUCCGGAUGAAGAAGGCUUUGAAUCUUCUGGGGAUCAUGUAGUAGACAAGCCAGUGAAUAUUGGUAAUGUUUCAAAUUCAGAAUCUUUGACUAAAAACCAUGAAAAACAAUGGGAUAGUCCUAGGAACUCCUCACAAAGGCGUGAUUCUACUACACCAAUGAAGGAUGAUAUCAAAAACAUUUUUUAUUCUUCACCUAAGUGUUUAGUAGGCUGCAAACAAUCUGAUUUCAAGUUGUUGUUAAAUGAUGGAAUUUGUGGAGAUUCUUCAUUUGAAAAUGGUGGGUUAUCAGAGGAAGAAAAGGAGCAGAUCAGGUAUUCUCAGGUUCACUGUAAAAAGGACUUUACCUUCGUUGAAAGGGUAAAUAGGAGAUACGUAAAUGUACUCCGGGGGCUUGAACUUCACACUGGAGUUUUCAAUGCUGUGGAGCAGAGGAAAAUUGUUGAGUGGAUUUACAGAUUGCAAUGGAGGGGACAACAAGGGAAACUGAAAGAUCGAACAUAUUCAGAACCAAGAAAGUGGAUGCGUGGUAAGGGCCGCGUGACAAUACAAUUUGGUUGCUGUUACAAUUAUGCAGUGGACAAAAAUGGUAGCCCUCCUGGCAUAAUGAGAGAUGAAGAGGUUGAUCCAUUACCACCUGUGUUCAAGCAAAUGAUAAAGAGGAUGGUUAGGUGGAACAUAAUUCCUUCCACAUGCAUUCCUGAUAGUUGCAUUGUGAACAUAUACGAAGAAGGAGACUGCAUUCCUCCUCAUAUUGACCAUCACGAUUUUGUGAGGCCAUUUUACACUGUGUCAUUCUUGAACGAGUGUAAAAUAUUAUUUGGUUCAAAUUUGCAAGUUGUUUGUCCUGGAGAAUUUGCCGGUCCCGUUUCUAUUCCUUUGCCUGUUGGAUCAGUGUUUGUUUUGAAUGGCAAUGGAGCUGACAUUGCUAAGCAUUGUAUUCCAUCCGUGUCGUCAAAAAGAUGUUUGACCGUCUUUGUUAAUACCACUAAACCACAAAAGAAAAAGAUAAAGGAGGAGAAGAAAUUAAAAAGAAACAAACUAGCUACAACGCAAGAAGGAGAUGGCUAUAGCAUCUCCAGGGGAGGUGAGGGAUAAGUGACCAAGGAGGUAGAGUCCAUUGCACCAUGUUUUGCAAGGAUAUCAGCGACCCCAUUGCCUUCACGUAAGGUGUGAUUAAAUGACAGACUCCAACUGAGGGACAUGAAGCUUUGAAUUCUUGAAACCAAAGGAGCAUAUGGAUGCCAUUACUGGACACCUUGCAGCACUAAUUGGAGAGCUGGCUUAGUUGUGUCACAAGAACGUGCACUCGUAACACGAUUAGAACAAUCUUUAAUAACUUGGGACACAACUAAGCUGGUGUUGACUGAUUUGUCUUCAAAGAUCUCGGAAUUGCGCACCUUCCAGAUGAACCAGCACGCAAUGGAGAGAAGAUAAUUCCAUGACCACCCGUUGCCAAACACCUGAGCUAAUGAGAGCUAUCAAGAUCAGUGUCAUGAUGGGAGACAUCUAACCUGAGAGCAUUCCAAACAACAACAGUUUUUAUGCAAUCUCUCAACCAAUGGAGGAUUGUUUCAUCACCAACGCUGCAACAAAGAGAAACAGACGAAAAGCAUUAGUUGGAAUACUUUUAUAUAUGGUGGGUGAGUUUAUGAAUGAAAACUCAGAGCAUGAUGCAACAAAGCUUGAGGCAGAAGCAAAAGAAGAAGAAGAACACAGAAGGACAAAAAGGGUAAUUAGUAAACCACGGUACCUUGAGGAUUAUGCAACCAAAUGAUGGUGAGCUGGCAAUACUCUUCUAGAAGCAGAAACCAAGAAUUCCUCUGUGCCAUUAGAGGCUGUCUCCAUGAUUAGCGCAAUGUUUAUUUUCCUCCAAGGCAUAUAAUACCAAAUUCUGUUAGAAUAUGUAUCCAGAAUGUGCACAUUGGAAUAUCUAUAUAUAUAUAUAUAUGAGGAUAUGUAAUUCUAAUA